ACUGCUUCCUUCCUGCGACCAUUUUGUGAGCGGCGCCAUUACUAACAUCUGAAGAGGAUAGAGAGAAAUAAACCUAAAGAAAAAACAAACAGCUGUUAGAGCUGUCGCCGAGUGGUGUGUGUAUGUAUGUAGUGUGAGCAAGCGCUCUCCUUCCUUCGGGUCGCCUCCUCUUUAAAGAAGAAAAAUAAACCCGAAGUGAUCAAUUCAAAGGUACCGUAAUAUCCGUCGGUAAGUAUGUCUGAAGAGCAGCAAGCCGGAGAGGAGCCGGUGUUGAAGGAGGAUAAGGCGGUGAAGAAGGAAGAUGAGGAGGUGAGCAGCGAAGAAGUGCAGACGGCGACCGGCAAAAGCAUAGCGGGGGAAUCUGAGGGAGCCAAAGUCGAUGCGAGUAGGAACGAGGAAGAUGAAGGGAACGAUCCUGAUGCCUGCAGUGAAACUUCAAGAAAAAUGUUUGUUGGAGGGCUGAGCUGGGAUACCACAAAGAAGGAUCUCAAAGAUUAUUUUUGCAAGUUUGGAGAGGUUGUAGACUGCACAUUAAAACUGGAUCCCAUCACUGGACGGUCCAGAGGAUUCGGCUUUGUAUUAUUUAAAGAGGCUGACAGUGUGGAUAAGGUUAUGGCGCAAAAAGAACACAAGUUGAAUGGGAAAGUAAUUGACCCCAAAAAGGCCAAGGCUAUGAAAACGAAAGAGCCAGUGAAGAAGGUCUUUGUUGGAGGCCUUUCCCCCGAUACCCCCGAAGAGAAAAUUAGGGAAUAUUUUGGUGGUUAUGGAGAGGUGGAGUCAAUAGAACUGCCAAUGGAAAACAAGACAAAUAAAAGGCGAGGGUUCUGCUUUAUUACAUUCAAAGAGGAAGAACCUGUAAAGAAGAUAAUGGAAAAGAAGUACCACAAUGUUGGGCUCAGUAAAUGUGAAAUCAAAGUUGCCAUGUCCAAGGAGCAGUACCAACAGCAGCAACAGCAUUGGGGAGGCAGGGGCAGCUUUGCCAUGAGGACUCGAGGAAGAGGAGGUCCAAACCAAAGUUGGAACCAGGGAUAUGGCAACUACUGGAAUCAAGGUUAUGGCAAUUAUAACUACGGCUACAACAACCAAGGCUAUGGAGGAUAUGGAGGCUAUGAUUACUCUGGUUAUAACAACUACUACGGAUAUGGUGACUACAGCACCUUUCUGCUGUAUCCUUUUUUUCUGGACUAUUGAAGGCUUAAGUGUGUCAAAAACAAAUUGACAGUGACGGCUUUUCUACGUUGAGGGAGACAAUUUCAACGAUUCAAGCAUUCAGAGCAUUUUGGUGCAGUGGAAAUCUCAUUUUUGAAUGCUCAGCCAUUGCCUGUUGUGCUUCAGGGUACCUGGAACAGGUGAAUGCUGUUCUGUGUUUCUGAUUUUUUUUUUUAAAUGGUGAAAGAACAUGAAAACAACCAUUUGGAAAUUCAAAACCCCAGCAUCAAAUACUUUCAAGUUUCAAAAGCCUCAGAGAUGUCAAAACUAAGCACAGAACCAUAUGCCAAAUGGGGGUUCUGUUGUUCAAUCAAAAAUGUGUUGAAGCUUUAACUGAGAGAGAAAAUUUGAAAGAACAGAUUUGUCAAAUUUCCAGUACAUCUUCUGUGUACAGAUGUCACCCUGUGCAUAAAACAGUAAAGCAGAAUUCUUAAAAAUAAACUUAAAAAUACGGUACCUUGGUAAAAUGGAUCUUGUUAAUCUGUUUUUUCAAAUCUUGAAUGUCUUUCUGAAAACUAUCAUGCUGGAAUUUAUAGUAAGUUAAUAUAUUUCCUAGGGUAGGAGGUAAAAUAUCAGCCAUUCAGCAGUAAGUUUCUUUAUUGUAAUGUGUAACCUGUAAUGUGUUGAGGAUCUCUAAUUGCAUAAGUUUUCUUUGUGCUCAGUGAAGCCAGGACCAUUUCCUUUGCAGUUCUAUCAGUCAAGAAGAUUCAGCCCACACAUGACUUGUACAGUAAAACUCCUCAAUUUGGGAAAUUAUUGUAUAGUGAAGGAGUUUUGGGGAUCAAAAAGUAAAGAAUGACUGUACGAAUUAGAUAUUGCAGUCAUCUAAAACAAAGUUGUAGUUGCACUCUCUGACCACUAAAGCACUGGAACGUUGAAAUUGUAUCCCUAAAAUAAAAUUCUGAUAAAACAGAUUUCCUCAGACUGAACAGGGAUACCAGUCGUAAAUCGGGUGCAUUUCAGAUACGCUUUUCAAAAAGUUUCGCUUUAAUCACACACAACAAAAGAUCAUUUUAGUUACUCAAAGUUCAUUAAUUUUUUUAUUUGACAUUUUCUCUUUAUAAAAUCUGUCAUUUACACAACAUUGCUAGUUGUUUGUUUGGUUUGUAGGGUAGCUCAAGAUUCC